GUACGAUCUUGCGAGGAAAGGGUUUCUGCAGCUGUGCACUGCGCCACUCCUUGAGGCUAGGUCAAGGACCAGGUCCAACAGUAUAAAAGCCCGUAGCCUCUGUAUGUAGCCUCUUUUUGUCUCGAUCAAGCAACAUUCUAAGAAAGCUGUCAUAGCAUCAUCCAUUCUUUUCAUCUUACCCAUUCCUUCUCUCUCUCCCAAGUCAAUCUUACCUUGUUAUAGUCCAUCUUUUGGGUGUUUCCUUUCUUAUCUAAUGCAUAAUAUGAAGAACCUCUCAGCACUACUGUGCCUCCUGAUGACUGUUGGUCCGGCCUCGGUCCUCGCGGCUCCUGCGCUCGUCCGCAAACAAAUGAACAGCGCCACCCAGGCCGCCUCACGCACAGAUAUCGGUAUCCCCGACGGCCCCGACUUCAACACAAACGACUUCUUCUCUUCCUCCUACCAAGAAGGCCCAAAUCGUCCUGCGCAGGACGACAAUACCCAUGACGUGAAAUCCCACACGCAGGCGCAACACGCGACCACCAUUGGGAUUCCUGAUGGGCCAUACUUUGACACCGGGUCCUUCUACGACGCUACCUACGAGGAGACGACGACGACGACGACGACUCCUACUACUGUUCCGCCACCGGUUCAGGAGGUCCCGACCCCGGCUGCCCCGGUUGAAACUCAGACCUCUUCUACUACUCGUACUCCGUCCUCCACACCCGGUGAGGGAGAGCCAGACGGCAGGGAACCUGAGCCUAAGCCUGAGCCUGAGCCUCAACCUGAACCCGAACCCGAACACACCCCGGCACCUGCUCCGCAACCAGAGCACCAGCCCGAGUCCACAGUUACCGAAGUCCCUCCUCCAGCCCAAACAUGCACAUGCGCUUAGAUGGCGGACUCGACUCGACUCGACUCAACUCGACUCAACUCGACCUCCAGUGGAGCUUUGGUUUUGGUUUGUUUCCCGGAACCCAAGGGCACGACCGACUAACUAACUAACUAACUAACUAUGAUACGAUGUCUUGAUUCAUUCUUUCAUUCAUGUGCACAAAGUUUACUAUUAUGUUUCUUUAGUUUGAUUCCGGCUUUGGUUUGGAUUCCUCUCGUCAUGCUAUGUUCUAUCUAGCCUUUUUUUUUUGUAUGUAUGUAUGUAUGUAUGUACUGUGUGUGUAGGUUUUAAUUAAUGGUUAUGGGUUAUGGGUUAGG